AUGUUGGCAAGAAGAUUUUCCACUGCUGCGCUCAAAGUAAUAAUCAUCUAGAGAACCUCUUUAUAUGAUUAUUUCAAAGAUGUGCAUGAGGCCAAAAUGGGUGUUUAUGAAGGCUACGAAAUGCCAGCUUAUUAUGGUCGCAACAAAGAUACCUAUAUGGGUGAACAUAUGAUUAUCAAAAAAAAGGCAGGUUUAUUUGAUAUUAGCCAUAUGGGCCAGUUUAAAAUUCAUGGGAAACAGAGGAUUGAGUUUAUUAACUACCUUACAGUCUCUGACCUAAACAAAAUCCCUGUGAGAUCUUGUUUGCAGUCGUUAUUGAUGAUGCCAAAUGGCGGAAUUAAAGAUGAAAUAACUAUUCAGAAAUUCGAAGGAUAUAUAGGACUUGUCGUGAACGCAGGAUGCAGGGAAAAAGACUUUGACUAUCUUUUUAAUCAUAUGCAGGAGUGAAGAAGUAAAGGAAGAGAUGUGAUAGUAGAAGAAUUAUAAAUAAAAUGGCAUUCGGUCCGAGAGAAAUUAGCUUUGUUAAUUUUCUCUCCCUCAAGCAAUUUUAUUUAUAGGGUUAGGUUUUCUUCUGAGAAUUUCUGUACAGCAAUAGCAGUUUAACUCUGGCAUAUAAGCCGAGGCACUGCUCCAAGUACAUCAAGAGGCUCGAAGCUUUACCUCUCAGCACACCCGAGGAAGGUGACCCUUAGGCGGCGGAACACGCGCAGGAGCUGAGUCAAGGAAGAGCGAGGCGAACGCAGCCCGUCGAAGCUGGAACAUCAUAUUCACCCCGUGCCCUGGUGAAACAAAGUGGAUCGACCCAGAGGUCCAUGGGCCCGACACGUGGAUAAAUAUGCUGGAAGCCCUGGAACAACAGGCAACUCCGUAGUGGACGUUAAAACGAUAUAGAUAAUAAGUUAAGUUAAGUUAAAGAUAGUAGAAGAAUUAAGAGAUCAAUGCCUUUUAUCAUUAAAUGGACCAUCAGCAUCUGGAAUUAUCCAAGGACAGGUAUCUUGCAGCCUCUCAACAACUAGAUAUAUGCAGGUCCGAGAAGCUAAAUUAGAUUACGUUGACGAUGAGCCUGUAACAGUGAUGAGGUCUGGGCACACAGGAGAAGAUGGCUUUGAUAUUUCUAUGAGCUCAGAAAUCGCUUUGAAAUGGUUAGAAACGAUAGUGGAAGGUGGUCUAAAAGACAGGUUUCUAUUCUGUGGAUUGGAUGCAAGAGAUUCGUUAAGACUAGAAGCUGGGAAAUCUAAUUAUUGCAAUGAUAUGGAUGAAAAUCUGACCCCUAUAGAAGCAGAUCUAGUAGAUAGAAUUCCUAUGUCUAAACUAUCAGCAGGAGGAUGAUUAGGGCAUGAAGCUGUCAUGGCUCAAAGAGGUCAGCUCGAACGCCAGAAAUUUGAAGGCCUUCGGCUAAGAGUUGGGUUUUCUGUAGAAAAAGAUGGGCCUUCAGCAAGAAGAGGGGCAAAACUUUUUGGAGGUGAAGAAGGUGAAACAUAUGGCGUCGUCACUUCAGGGGCAUACAGCCCAUUUUUGAAUAAAGGUGUGGGAAUGGCCCUUAUCAGAAGAGGCAGAGCGCCCUACACAGGCCAUAUUUUCAAAGCAAAGUUGGAUAAACAUAAAACCGUCAAAGUGCAAAUAGAAAAAGGGCCAUUAACCCCACACAAUUAUUAUGACUAA